AUAAAAACAGUCUUCUGGGUUUCCCCGGCCGAGCAGCUAAAUAAGUCACUAUUUCUCAUCAGGGUUAAAUAUUUAACGGCGAGGAGCUCUGAGGGGUGAACCGAGCUUCCGCUUUCUGCUGUUUUGGAGGUAUUUUCCCGGAGGGACAACACCGAAGACCUGAUGGAGWUCCGGAGCUGGGUGUCUUCGUAGAGACGGGAGAGUUGGGCCGGUCGGACGGCGCUCCACCCGGCCUGGGCCGCAGCUAGCUAGCGCUACAUGCUAACUGGCUAAUGACGCUACCACGUCACAUGUAUGGGAAGAAAAUAUCUUGUUUGUGACUGCGCUUUGAAUGCGGGACGUGGACGUUCAGAGAACAAAUCAUGGCUGUUUCGAGACUCGACCGUCUGUUUAUCCUGUUGGACACAGGAACCACUCCAGUAACCAGGAAAGCAGCGGCCCAGCAGCUCGGAGAAGUUGUCAAACUUCACCCACAUGAACUUAAUAACCUCUUAGCAAAGGUCUUGACCUACCUGAGGAGUCCCAGCUGGGACACCAGAAUCGCAGCGGGCCAAGCUGUGGAGGCCAUCGUGAAGAAUAUUCCUGAGUGGAACCCGUCUCCUCGACCUAAAGAGGAAGUGUGUGCAGAUUUGUCUCCGGAGGACUCGUCCUGCGAUCRGUUGAAUUUUUACCACUUCGACAUCUCCCGCCUGCUCCGACACGGAGCCUCRCUGCUCGGCUCCGCUGGGGCCGAGUUCGAGCUGCAGGAUGAUAAAACCGGUGAGAUGGACCCAAAGGAACGUCUGGCUCGUCAGAGGAAGCUGCUUCAGAAGAAGCUGGGCCUGGACAUGGGUGCUGCCAUCGGAAUGGACACAGAGGAGCUGUUCAAUGAUGAAGACUUGGAUUAUUCCUGUCAACAGGGCGGGAUUAAGACUCAGGAGACUAGACCAACAGCCGGCUGCAGCUCCCGGAACCACGUGACGAUUCAAGCUGCUGAACUGAUCGACUCGGAGUUUCGACCCGGUAUGAGCAGCCGUCAGAAGAACAAAGCCAAGAGGAUGGCCAAACUGGUGGCAAAGCAGAAAUCCAGAGACUUGGAUCCUAACGAGAAGAGCAACGACAGUUUUGAAGGUGAACCYGAGGAGAAACGAAGAAAAACCACCAACGUUGUCAUCGACCAACCAGCAACUGAACAUAAAGUCUUGAUUGACAACGUCCCAAAUAACUCCAGUCUUCUGGAGGAGACACACGAGUGGCCUCUGGAGAGCUUCUGUGAAGAGCUGUGUAAUGAUCUCUUCAACCCAUCAUGGGAGGUUCGACACGGUGCAGGGACGGGUCUUAGAGAAAUUCUCAAGUCUCACGGCGCUGCAGGGGGGAAAGUUGUUGGAAGUACUGCAGAACAGAUGCUGCGACAGCAUCAGGCGUGGAUCGAGGAUCUGGUCAUCCGUCUCCUCUGUGUGUUUGCCUUGGAUCGCUUUGGAGACUUUGUUUCAGAUGAGGUGGUGGCUCCGGUCAGGGAGACGUGCGCUCAGACUCUGGGUGUGGCCCUCCGUCACAUGAAAGAAAACGGCGUUUCCAAGACGGUGGACGUCCUGCUGAAGCUGCUGAAGGAGGACCAGUGGGAGGUCCGCCACGGAGGCCUGCUGGGGAUCAAGUAUGCCUUGGCUGUCCGGCAGGACCUGAUUUCCAUCUUACUGCCCCGGGUUCUGCCUGCUAUCACUGACGGCCUUCAGGACCUGGAUGAUGAUGUCAGGGCGGUGGCGGCUGCAGCACUCAUCCCAGUGGUGGAKGGUUUAGUGCAGCUUUUACCUAAUGAGGUACCCUUCAUYGUCAACACAUUAUGGGAUGCUCUUCUGGACCUGGAUGACCUCACUGCCUCCACCAACAGCAUCAUGACCUUGCUGUCCCUGCUGCUGACCUAUCCACAGGUCCGACAGUGCAGCCUGCAGCAGUCGCUCACAGUCCUGGUUCCUCGGGUUUGGCCGUUCUUGAGACACACAAUCUCAUCGGUUAGAAAGGCGGCGCUGGAAACGCUGUACACUCUGCUGUCCAAGGCCGACCAGAGUUGUGCAGUUUGGAUAAACCCCAUCUUACAAGAUAUGCUGCGACACAUUUUCCAGUCCUGCAUUCUGGAAAGCAACGAGGAAAUCCUUGAACUGAUACAAAAGGUGUGGAUGGAGCUGCUCUCUCAGGUCCCGCAGCAGUUGGUGGUGGCAGCCAGCUGUCCGUGGAUGGGAGCCUGGCUCUGCCUCAUGAUGCAGGCCUCACACAUUCCUAUAGACCUGAACAUGCUGCUGGAGGUCAAGGCCCGCUCCAAGGAUAAAAGCGGCAUGAAGGCACGCCAAGGGACCAAUCAGGUGAAGGAAACGGUUCAGGAGUACAUAGCCGGUGCUGAGACGGUGACAGAAGAUCCUGUGACGAGGGACUAUGUGGUGGUUCGUGCUCGACUCAUGGCUGCAAGGUUGCUGGGCGCUCUGUGCAGGUGCAUCUGCGACCCUCAGCUCAACGCUGCGUCUCAGGAGAUCAGACCCGCCGAGUCUUUAGGCCAGCUGCUCGUCUUCCACCUCAACACCAAGUCCGCCCUGCAGCGGAUCGCCGUGGCGCUGGUGCUGAGCGAGUGGGCGGCGCUGCAGAAGGACUGCCAGACGGUGUCGACCACGGUGCAGCCUCGGCUCCUGGCCAUCCUGACAGAGCAGCUGUACUACGAUGAGAUCGCCAUCCCCUUCACACGCAUGCAGAACGAGUGCAAGCAGCUCAUCUCGCUACUCGCUGACGCACACGUGGACCUUCAGGACCGCCUCAACUGCAGCGUUUUCACCAUCGACCAAGCCAACGAGCUGGUCACCACCAUGUUCRCAGAGACCACGGCGAACCUGAACGUGAAGUCCAAACAGUGGCUGGCUCUGGAGAGCAAGCGGCAGCAGGCUCAGGCCACGGUGAGCGAGACGAACACGGAGUGGCAGCAGCUGCACCAGCGCGUGCACCUGUUCGCGGCGUGCGCCGUCAUCAACCUGCAGAUGCUCCCCGACAAGCUGAACCCGGUGGUGCGGCCUCUGAUGGAGGCCGUGAAGCGCGAGGAGAACGCUCUGAUCCAGAGCUACGCCGCCGCCUUCAUCUCCAAGCUGCUGCAGCAGUGCGCCGGCCGCUCGCCCUGCCCCAACCCCAAGAUCAUCAAGAACCUGUGCGCCUCGUGCUGCGUGGACCCCGCGGUCACCCCCCUGUCAGGCUGCCCYGUGCCCCCGUCACAGGAUCCUGUCAGAGGUGUCAUGGAGCAGCUGGACGUGGACAUCGUGCCCUACAUCGUGCUGCUGGUGGUCCCRGUGUUGGGCCGGAUGAGCGACCCCGGCGACAGCAUUCGCUUCAUGGCCACUCAGUGUUUCGCCACGCUGAUCCGCCUGCUGCCCCUGGAGGCAGGUAUGCCAGACCCACCUGUCAUGUCUGCCGACCUGAUCGAGCAGAAAGCCAGAGAGCGCCACUUCCUGGAGCAGCUWCUAGAUGGGAGGAAGCUGGAGAACUACAAGAUCCCUGUUCCCAUCAAAGCUGAGCUCAGGAAGUACCAGCAGGAUGGAGUGAACUGGUUGGCCUUUCUGAACAAAUAUAAGCUGCAUGGGAUACUGUGUGAUGACAUGGGUCUGGGAAAGACGCUGCAGUCCAUCUGCAUCCUGGCAGGAGAUCACUACCUCAGAAACAUAAAGUUUAAUUACUGCAUUCUCGAUGAGGGUCACAUUAUCAAGAAUGGGAAAACCAAACUUUCCAAAGCCAUUAAACAGUUAGCUGCUAACUUCAGAGUCAUCUUAUCAGGAACACCUAUCCAGAACAACGUCCUGGAGCUCUGGUCCUUGUUCGACUUCCUCAUGCCGGGCUUCCUGGGAACGGAGCGUCAGUUUGCUGCUCGCUACGGGAAACCCAUCCUGGCCAGCCGAGACGCCAAGAGCUCCUCACGAGAACAGGAAGCAGGAGUCCUGGCUAUGGAAGCCUUGCAUCGACAGGUGCUGCCUUUCCUUCUGAGGAGGAUGAAGGAGGAUGUGCUCCAGGAUCUUCCUCCUAAGAUAAUUCAGGACUAUUACUGCAACCUGAGCCCUCUGCAGAUCCAGCUUUAUGAAGACUUUGCAAAGUCCAGAGCCAAGGCCAGUGUUGAUGACAGCAUCUCUCUGGCCUCUGGUGAAGAAGAGGAGAAGCCCAAACUGAAGGCUACAGGUCAUGUCUUCCAGGCGCUGCAGUAUCUGCGUAAGCUGUGCAACCAUCCGAGCCUGGUUCUGACCCAGCAGCAUCCAGAGUACAGACGCAUCACGGAGCAGCUGGCGGCCCAGAACUCGGGCCUUCGUGACAUUCAGCACGCGCCCAAACUCUCGGCUCUGAAGCAGCUGCUGCUGGACUGUGGUCUGGGUGGUGGCGGAGGAUCCGAAGGGGCCACGGAGGCGGUGGUGGCCCAACACCGCGUCUUGAUCUUCUGCCAGCUGAAGAGCAUGCUGGACAUCGUAGAACACGACCUGCUGAAACCCAAACUGCCCUCGGUCACCUACCUGAGGCUGGACGGCAGCGUGCCGGCGGGUCAGCGCCACUCCAUCGUCUCCAGGUUUAACAACGAUCCRUCCAUCGACAUGCUGCUGCUGACCACACAUGUCGGUGGUUUGGGUCUGAACCUGACGGGGGCCGACACCGUGGUGUUCGUGGAGCACGACUGGAACCCCACGAGGGACCUGCAGGCUAUGGACCGGGCUCACAGGAUCGGACAGAAACGAGUGGUGAACGUCUACAGGCUGAUCACACGAGGAACCCUGGAGGAGAAGAUCAUGGGUCUGCAGAAGUUCAAGAUGGGCAUCGCCAACACCAUCAUCAACCAGGAGAACACCAGCCUGCAGAGCAUGGGCACGGAGCAGCUGCUCAACCUGUUCACCCUCGACAAGGAGGAUAAAUCAGACUCGGGGGAGCAGGGCUGUUCAGCCUCUGGGAAGGCCUCCAUCAGGUCGGUUCUGGACGGGCUGGGGGAGCUGUGGGACCAGCAGCAGUACGACACUGAGUACAACCUGGACACUUUCAUGCACUCGUUGAAUUAGUGGUCAGAAGGCUGAGCAGGUCCUGGUCUCUGCCUGAACACAAACCGUCUCGCAGCAAUAAACAAACACAGCCAGAAUAGGAACUCAUGUUUUAUAGCUCUGAAAUGAAUCUGCAGGAACACUGUUACAUCAUCACUUCACUUUACCACACAUCCCAUAACUGACUCCUGAAGAGACCACACAUCCCAUAACUGACUCCUGAAGAAACCACACAUCCCACAACUGACUCCUGAAGAGACCACACAUCCCAUAACUGACUCCUGAGGAAACCACACAUCCCAUAACUGACUCCUGAAGAAACCACACAUCCCAUAACUGAUGUUCAACCAGCUGCUGAGUGAACAGCUCAAACCUCUCCAGUGUUAGUUCAGCUGCAGUAGUUAGGCUCAUGGUUAGACAGAUAAUUUGUCGUUACAGCAGCAGGUACAGCCUGCUGCGUUGUUUGCACUUCCCUUUACCAGAGUACACAGUGUUAGGACCACCUGUACCACCCCCCACCCAUCUAAGUCUUAAACAUACUGCUGUACCCGGCUGCGACUGACAGCGCCUCCGAACAACUGAUACGGACACGUUUUUGUACGACGAAGGGAACCGGGAGAAGAAACGGAGCUGCUCUGGGAGGAUCCGUACAGAAAACCUGCGGCGUCGACGGGUUCUUGGGGUCUCCGUCUUGCGGUGUUUAAAAGGAACGUGAAAAAGCACCGCUGGACCCGAAAUAGGAAGGUCCGAGAUCGACUGGUACCUUUAACGCUGCAAGUAUUUUAAAGAUAUAGAUUGUACAUAUUUCUGUAAUUUCUGCUUUUUUCUUUAUGAUGGUGGAAUUGUAAUAAAUUCUGCAAACAUUUGAA